UAUAUAUCUCGAAUGACGGCAUUGUGCACUCUCUGCGCGUUUGAACAUACGCAAAACUCGCAAAAGUCAAGUGCGCGCACCGCGACAGAGCGGGAGAGCGCCCUUUCUUUUCUCCCUUUUUCCCGAUCGCGUGUCGACGGUUUUUAAAAGCCGCGCGUGUCCGAAAAAGCCGUGUUCAAAACGCCGCAUGGAAAAACGUUGUGAUAGGAGUGAAGACUCGAGCAAAUCUUGAGUACUGUAUACCGUGUCACAAUCCACUAUUAAUUUCUCGCUUCCCCCCUGUCAUCCUUUUCUCCGUUUUUCCUCCAGUUAUUUAUCGUUUCCUCUCUCUCGACUUCUGUCCCGUUUCUUUCUCGCGUUUCUCUCCACUCGUUCCUUCUCGUACUUCUCCCUUUCGCUGUCCUUCUCAUUCUUCCUUUCUCUCUUCUUUGCUACGGCGUCGUCUCGUGGGGUCAGUGUCUGCUCGAUCGGAUCCUGAGCAGGAACAUACCGGUGGCGGAGGAAGAGGAGGACGAUCUCUCUCUUGCAAUCACUGCAGCGUGCCACGUACUUUGAAAAUCGUUUUCGGAGUGUUCCGUUUUUUCGCGCCACGCGACUGUGAUACAGGAACUAUGUAACAACGUCAACGACGAUAAGCACGGGGACAGUCGUCGCGAAAUCAACAUCGAUAGAUCAAUUAUUGCGCACAAUCGCUGGCGGGACUUGAUCCACCGCCCGUCUCGCGUUCGCAACGUAGAAAACUCACGCUCGUUUCUUAUCAUGCCGCUCUUCGCGUAGUAUCGUUCGUUUUUUUUGUCUCAUCUCUGUCGUACCCUUGCCCUCUCCCCUUGCCGCAUCAUUCCCCGUUUUUCCCUCUCGCACGCGUGUACUCGUUGCGCGCUCUUUCCCUCUCCACACUUUCCUCCUUUGCGGCCGCCGCUCGCCGUCUCGCUUGCUCGCGCCGCGUGUUUUCUCGCGAGCGAAUACGACAAAAAGGAAAACCGACGCACGAGUGAUACUGCCGCGCGAAAGACAAACACAUACCAUCUUGGAAAGAAAGAGAUCGAACUAGUCGUGAGUUUGUGUUUUUGUUUAUCCAGGGUGGACUGCACACCGUACUGCUGGUACUGCACGAAACCAAGUAGACGUCUCUCUCCUCUUUCUCGGAAGGACGAUUCAUCGCUGGAGGCAGUCGCGAAAAAUCAACUUGUGAACAACUCCGCUGCUGCGCAUCGUACUGAUCGUUGCGUCGUCCAGAAGUCAUGGCCUUCGGUUUCGUUAGAAAAGACAAAUUUCGUGGCUGAGAGACCGAUCGUGCCGCUACGGCUUGCGCCAGGAUUACUGAUCUCGAAAGUUGCACCGAGGAGAAAAGGAAGAAACGAAGUUUUCGACGAAGAGACACGCAAAAGAAUCUGAAGAAAUAAAAGGUGGAGAUAAACGUAAGAAUGGACUAUGAGGAAACUUGGUACCGGCUGGUACUAGACGAACGGUCGGCCACGCUUGUGCGAAAUCGUCGGUCAUUGUUGUCGGCGCGUCUCCGAUCCGUCCAAUCCCGAAGCCAGCGACAGGUGUCGCGUGUGGCAGCAGAUACGAGCUCGACAGGUGCGAUAAUCGGGGGUGGCCCGGUCGUUGCCGCCGCCGGGCCGGCGAUGCGACGAUGAGCUCGCCGAGGGUGCUGCUACCCCUCCACACCCGACCAAAGCAGCCCCGCGUAGUAGCAAGGCCGGGUAGUCUCGGAAACUGCGGCAGUAGCAGCAGCAGCAGCAGCGAGGCCGAGCGACGAGGAGCGGCAGGCGGUUCAAGGCCGAAACUAUUCGCGUGGCCAUGGACUACGAGGCGAGGAACGGAACCGGCAGCAACGACAACGAGGAGUACACCAAUAUUUACUUCAUCGUCGGCGACCGCAGGGAGACGGCCACUUACAAGACAAAUCAGGUCACGGACAUGGAGCUCAAGGAACUCUUUAGAAGCGCGGCAGAGGCUGGCCCUCUGGAUAUCGUGAAGCUUUGCAAAGGAGACAAGCUCCUCAACAUUUCGACUCAUCUACCGGCGAACACGCCCGAUACGCCCUAUGUUCUUCAGAUCGUUGGCGCGCAUCCCGCUUCCUCGGGGGUGAUCGAGGCGGAGGUGCUGUGGGCUCUGGAGAGGCGAGUGGCGGCUUUAGAGCGGCAACUGCGGGAGCAUCAGGAAGCUUUAUACGCCACACCCUCCCUCGCCUUGCGAGAACUAAAACGCCAAGUGGACAGUUUUAAGAACAAAUUGGAGAACAACGAUCAGCUGAGCUGGCUUAGUUUCUGCAAGCAGCUUUCGGAACCCAUUUAUAUGGAUUCUUGCCGCAGAUUGCAGUACCGUCGGAAGAGCGACAGCAUGAAGCGGAAGGUUCGCGAGAAGUUCCUCAACAUCUGCGACGUGACAGUCUCGUCGAGCGUUCGUGAGUGGCUACGCUCGCCAGCUUUCGACGCGCGACAGUGGGAAGACGAAGAGCUGCUGCUGAUGUUGCAGACGAUGUUCGUCGAUCUCGACCUACCUCAAAAGUUCAACAUUCCUUUGCCGAUCUUGAGGAACUUCCUCUACGAGGUCUAUAAUAAUUACAACGAGGUGCCGUUUCACAAUUUCAGGCACUGCUUCUGCGUGGCGCAAAUGAUGUACGCGAUAGCUUGGGCGGUGGAUCUCCCGUCGAAAAUCGGCGACCUCGAGGUCCUCGUACUGAUCGUCUCCUGCAUCUGCCACGACCUGGAUCAUCCGGGCUACAACAAUAUCUACCAGAUAAACGCGCGGACCGAGCUGGCGCUGCGUUACAACGACAUCUCGCCUCUGGAGAACCAUCACUGUUCGGUGGCGUUUCGGGUGCUGGAGGCGCCGGAGUGCAACAUCCUCGCAUCCCUUGACAAUCCCACGUACAGAAUAGUGCGCGAGGGCAUCAUCAGGUGCAUCCUGGCCACCGACAUGGCCCGGCACAACGAGAUUCUCGGCCAGUUCACCGACACCAUUCCCGAAUUCGAUUACACCAGCAAGGCGCACAUAAAUCUGCUGUCCAUGAUUCUGAUCAAGGUGGCCGACAUAAGCAACGAGGCGCGGCCGAUGGAGGUUGCGGAACCGUGGCUGGAUCGGCUGCUGCAGGAGUUCUUCAAGCAGAGCGAUGCGGAGAAGCUCGAAGGUCUUCCGGUAACUCCCUUCAUGGAUCGCGACAAAGUGACCAAACCGUCGUCCCAGGUUAGCUUCAUCGGCCUAGUUCUCCUCCCUCUCUUCGAAGCUCUCGGCGAACUUCUACCCGAGUUGCAGGAUCUCAUAGUUCAACCAGUCAGGGAAGCUCUCGAGUACUAUCGCAGACUGAACGAGGCGGCCAAGGACGAGCGUCAUCAUCGGAAGAGUGUGGUGGACGUUGGGGAAUCGGCGCCACCCAACGCGCUAAGCGGAGGUAUUAUUAGUUCGUCCGCCGUCAUUAAAUCCACGUCGUCGCACAGCAUGCGCUCGAAAAGAUCCGCUUGCACGAUCCACUCGCGCUCGCGCUCCACCGACGACGACAUCACGGAUAACCUGACCAUGGAAGACGCGGAGAACGUCGAGAGUUCCGAUCCAGAGACCGCGACGGAGGUGGAAGUCAGCGAGAAGACACUCAAGUUCAAAAUCUCUACGGAAGGCACGCUAGCCGGUACGACCGGUGGUCGGAAAAGCUAUCCCGGCAGUCGGAAAGGCAGCCGGGAGAAGUCCUCGUUGGAUUAUCACAAUCACGACCUGGCCAAGGCUGUCCGGGAUCACGAGUGCGAGAGGAGACGCAGCCGAGGUGAGAAUCUCGGCAGCGACUUGAGCUCGCCGGCCAGUGCGAGAUCCGCCGAAGGUACGCGAAUCGUCGAGGAGAUAGAAAAGGAAGAGAUGGUUUUUUUAGAUGUUGUCAAAAUUGAAGGCAAAACGCCUGAGGGAAACGGGAACGUCGUCGUAGCGGAGGCCCGCUCGCAACCGAGAAACAAUGUGAGGAAGACCAGCAGCGUCAUAGAAAACGAUCCGGAGAGUAGAUCUAAUCGUAGAGACGCGCACAGCAGUCAAGAAUCGGUCGGUCUGCGAUGUUGCUGCGACGACAAAACCGGGCCCAACAAUCACAAAUCCAUAUUCUCGCGACUCAGAAACCUUACGGACCGUCUGAGCAUCAGCUUCGACUCCAAGGAGUCACCCACUCCGAAACCGAAGCACACGAAGAUGCUCAGCAAGAGCAACUCGGUGAGUAGCAGCUCGGCCACCUCGUCAAGGCACCACACUUCCCUCUUCAUCUGCAAACGCUGCAAUCUCACCAAAGACAGCACCAAGAUCGCGACCGUAGUGGAGCUAUCGUCGGUCGACAAACGGGCGAUGACUCUGCCCAAGGUUCGCAAGUCCACGGACUGUAAGAACAAAAGUUGGCGAACAGUAUUUGCCAAGGAGAAGAGGUCGUCCACUUCCCUGGAAGCCUUACCGGCAGCCAGUUCCGGCGGCUCGUACUCCAAGCACCGCAGAAAUCUCUCAAAUCCCGAGGGCAAGUCGCAGAGUAUGAAGGAGAUGAAAACCCGGCAGCGUUUGGAUAUUGAGUUUCGGGAGAUCGAGGUGCGCCCAAAGAAGCAUCAGCAGCAACCUGAAAUCAUAGUUAAUCCGGACGAUAGCGUUUGCGACAUCGAGGAGGAUCUCGGCAAAGUGGAAAUCAGGAGAAGCUCAGCUAGCAUGGAGGACAUCUCCAAGAUGGCAAAGCAGGCGGAGGCUGUUAUAUUAGGCGCGCUGGAUCCGAAGAAAGCGGAAGAGCGUCCUCAUACCGGCAGCCUGGAUUCGAUGCUCUGCAAAGAGGUAUGCAAGUCGCGAAAAAAGCAUCCCGCGUUCUCCUCGCCCGCAACGACAAAGAAAUCGUCGCCCGGUCUAUUCUCGCGCUUCAAAUCCGGUAUGAGUAUCGACAGCACCCGCAGUAAUAGCAACAGCGAUUCUCUGCACGAUCACGGUUCGCAAAGCGGCUGGAUAUCCUCGUUGACGGCCAGUUUCCGGCCGAAGAGGCAUCCGAACGAGACGCCUUUAUCGCCGCAUCCACCGAGAUCGCCCAGCAGAGAAGAGAUCAAGUGAUACGUUCUAGUGGUCGAGGAUUCCUCCGAGAAGAAGCUUGGCCUCCGCGGCUGGUGGCCCGAGAACUUGUUCUGCUGCAACAGCUAAGACUCGAGCGAAAGAGUCUUAUCUCCAAAGAGGCUAAUUUAGAUCCAGAAUUAUUUGGAAAUAUCGCUACACGAAAAACGUUUGAAAAAGAGAUUCAAUUUUCUAACUUUCUAAAAUCAUUUGUGUUUUUCCGUCGCAGUAUUAAUUACCGAUAUCGAUUAAUAGACGCGAUAGAUCGAAAGCAGUCAAUUCGAACGAACACAUUUACUCGAGCAAGAAUUAUUAAGAAGAUGUUAGAUAUGAUUUCCGAUUGGAUUGUAUUCUUCUUGAUUGAACUCUUUUUGCGGAGGAAUCUUCAUAGGACCAUAAUUUUCUGUCAUUGACUGAGUGUUUUAUGACGAUCGCAAGAAUCGAGAUAUGUUUAUUCGCGAGGGACACUUACGGCCUGCGGGAAAAACGAGGAAAUACGCUAUAGACUAUUUUAUUUAUUGUCCAAUUAAAGAAUAGCCUAAUGAGUAAUCAUUAAUGUUGUUCGUUGCUAUACAUAUAUACAUAUAUAUAAAUAUACAAAUGCAGAUGUAUACAAAGACGCAAGGAUAUACACAUCUCCAUCGAGACACGAAUGUGCAUAUAUAUAUAUAUAUAUAUAUAAUAAUAUAUAUAUAUAUAUAUAUAUAUAUAUAUAAAUAAAAUAUAUAUAAAAAAAAAUCUAUAGUGUAUACACAAGCAUAAUAGGAGCAUAAGUGGAUAAAUAUAAGUAUGAGACAAACAAGAAGAAGAAGACAAACAAGUAAAUAAAUAAGCGUGGCUCUGUCGUAUCGAUGUUGAGUUUCAGGAAUUGUGUAAACGUUGAGGAUAUGAAAGGUAAGAGAAUAUAUUAUCAUACUAUUUUUAAAAUAUUCUGAGAACAUUUCUGUUCUGCAGAUAAUAUUUCUCAGAGUUUACUAGGAAUAUUACAAUUUUUCGAAAAUGCGUGGUUAUUCUGAGGCAUAUGAUUAUUGUGAGAUACUCUCGCUCCUCUAAAAAGCAGAGCUUCAGAAUAUUCUCAUAGAAUUAGUAGUUGCCACGGCGAAAGGAGAAAAUUGAGGGAGAUUUGUCGAAAUAAUUAUGCUUUAUUACUGCAUAUUUGUCGAAACGAUUCACAUGGUAGAAAAUCUUGUUGAUUCAUCGAUAGUUAGGAGAACACACGGAGAAAAUACGUCACAGAUUUAUCUCUUAUCUAGUCGCACUACUAAAAUGGAAAUUCAACUUGGAAAAUUAUUUGUUAAACUUUUAAGUAGGAAAUUAAUUCGAUUAGAAAGGAACAAUUUGUUUGAAAUUUCUCGAACAGAUCAGCAAAGCCUUUGCCAAAUAUUCUCAGCGUUUUUCUCUGAACAUAAAACUGUAAAAAAAGAACAUAAUUUCAAGAAAAAAAAAAAAAAAAA